AUGGAAGUAACUCCGUUUCGCUUGGCUCUUGUUCACCAGACUAGUAACACGAAAUAUCUCCUGUGCGCUUUGUGGAGCAACUACAUGGUAUCUUCCGUAGAAAUCGGUAAUCAGGUAAAUCUUUCGGAACAGUUGUUUGACCACAGCACAGAGUCACAAUGCAGAUAUUUUUGCUGCCCAACGAGUAGAAAUGGCAUUAAGGAAUGGACAAUUGUUGAGUUACAAGGAGUGCUAGAAAUAGGUCAGGAUUUCCUUGGCAAGUUAAUCGGGAAUUUAGCGUGGAUGGAUAAAACAGCAUAUCUGAUUAUAACACACAACAUCUUGGAGGGGAAAGAAGCGAAGUUGGAAAAACCGCUGAUCGUACUUUCACUGGACUCCAAUGGCAAUAAAAACCAACUAGUGACUGCUAUCAUAAAAAAGAAAAUUAUUUUCAGAACCCGACCAAAGCCCUUGCUUUUUCGUGAAUUUGAGGCAUAA